AUGGGGGCGAUCAAUUGGAGCUUUGCUUUCGUCUUGGUUUCGCUCUUCUUCUUAGGUGUUUCAACGAACAGGGUAUCAGGGACAAUUUUCACUCUCCUAAACACCUGCCCUUACACCGUCUGGCCCGGCACGUUAUCGGGGAACGGACCGGCACUCCUUGGUGAGGGUAGCCUCACACUGUCACCAGGAUCAACAAUACAAGUUAACCCCCCAGCAGGCUGGUCAGGCCGAUUCUGGGCUCGAACAGGAUGCAACUUUGAUGCCUCUGGUGCAGGAAACUGCUCAACCGGUGACUGCGGGGGGCUCCAAUGCAUUGGAGGAGGUGCCCCACCGGUAUCCCUAGUAGAGUUCACCCUCAACGGGGCCGAUGGACAGGACUUUUACGACGUAAGCCUAGUAGACGGAUACAAUGUAGGAGUUGGUGUUAAGCCUACCAGUACAGGAACAGGGAAAUGUCAGUACGCAGGCUGCGUAGAUGACCUUAAUGCAUCGUGCCCACCAGAGCUACAAGUCACGGUUGGAGGGGCCGUGGUGGCGUGUAAGAGCGCGUGUGCAGCGUUUAACACGCCGGAGUAUUGCUGUACUGGUAAUCAUGGGAGUCCGCAGACGUGCGCGCCUACGCACUACUCGGAGAUGUUUAAGAAUGCGUGUCCAACGGCUUAUAGUUACGCCUACGAUGAUGCCUCUAGCACCUGCACUUGUACUUGCUCGGACUAUUUGAUCACUUUCUGCCCAUCAACUGUUUAACAAAUUUUGUCACAAGAUCGAUCGAUUGUCAUAGAUUUUUUUAGUUAAGGAUUCUUAAUUCGUAUUAUUAUUGUUAUUGUCUUAGUUUGUUAAAUUACUGUUAUGAUAAUUAGCCAAUUAGGACUAAA